CUGCGUGCGCUAAUGCGCCAUCAUCAGUGUGAUGCCCUAGUUGUGGUCCCCGGUCAAGUUGCAGCUUUCCUCUUAUUUGAUUUAUUCGAAACUCACAAUCAACAUAUUAUACGAAGUAAAUUUGAGGUUGAUGUUUUUGAAGACUUUAUCAUAUGUAUCAAGAAAAAUGAAGUCCAUCUAUACUGUAACGCCGUAAAUCACGCUUUACUUCUACCAUUCACAAUUCACUGGCCCAAUCUGAGAGUUCACUGUGCGAGUGAAUCAAAAAUGUCCAAUAUUGACGAAUACGAAAAUUACAAAAUAACGGUGUUCCAGAUGCUCGUGAAGGACUGCAAACGACUGGUUGUUCCAUGCUUAGAUAUGUGCGGAGCCAUGGGUUUGCAUGGAUUUAAUAAUCAUUAUGUAUAUCAAGGUAAUGAAAAGUUCACAAAAAUGAUGAUUGAGGAGUGGCCAAUAAUUCAGAGCUAUGCAUUUGAUACAGAGCAUCAGUGCUCCCGAGAAUUCUUCACUCUAUCACGUGAUAUUAUCGAUAUCCCACAUGAGUUGCGUUUGUUGGUCAAUCGAAUAGACCCAGUAUACCUUGAGACAACUCUUGUACGAGCUUUGUUGAGCUCCAUGGGUACAAUUGAAUCAGUAUACCGACUUUUUGACUCGUUUGUUGAAUCGAAGCAACUGUCCUCUAGGGCAAAUCCUAGUGAGCCUCUCUUCAGUUUAUAUCAACACUCUGCAGAAAUACAUGGUCUGUUACCUCCGUACCUACUGUACGGAUUGGACUCGUCCAAGCAAAAUUUGAUCGCCAAAAAUAUCGAAUCCAAGUCGUCAGAUUUGCAAAUGUUGACUGGGUCAGAUCACAUGGUGAUCAGAGGUUACGACCAACCAUCUGGGAUAGUUUGCGAAAGGACCAAUUUCAUACAACAGCCCAAUAAUGCGUCCCAUCUAACGGACCGUAAAUUGCGAUCUGAAAAGAAACUCUGUCAAAUCUAUUCAAAGCUUCUCGAUAUACUGUGGAAGGUAACUGAAGCUUUCAAUGAUGCCGAUUCAGAUAUUGAUCAGACAGUGUCCUGGGCACAGAAUGAAUUAAAGGGUCAGUUACAAUCUGAAUCGUUUAGCAGUUUGGAGAUAAAGUUAACAUAUCCAUGGAAAAACCCAACGGAUGCAGUAACCCUAGCUGUACUCAGUGGGGCCGUCUAUGAUACUGAAGACAUAGAUGGAUCUAGCAUUGGGAGUGUUGUGGCAGCGGAUACUCUACUCAUAUCUACACUACGUCUAAAUGAUAUUUGUCUGAGCCGGAAAGUGAUAAGUCUAACUGCCACAAUUCCGCCAACUUGUAUCUGGACGCGAAACCCACUGCCCAUCGAUAUGACACAGUUUAAUUCCGAUAAGAAGCCGAUUUUCAGUGAACAACUUGAUAUCAUUCUGGCCCCUGCAAAUACUCCCAGCUCAAUUACCGUAACCUGUACCUGUUUCGAGGACUAUGUAAUAAUCAGUGGAAAACGGAUCGGUAUCAGUCAGAUCGAACUUUCAAAUGUGCUGCACUAUCGUCCGGUUGAUAUGGAGCAGCCUGAGCUGCUGGAAUUCUCUCUUCCAUCCUCCUGUAUUACACGCGACGUGCUCACCUCGGCUCUCAGAUGCUGUAUUCUGAAUGGAAAGAGGGACGGGACACUUGGGGAGCUUCAGAAGCCAACAAGAAUUAGGGGCACUGAGACGUUACGAAAUGGGAACAAUUCAGCAAACAUGUCCAUUUGGCUCAUGUUGAAGCCAAAAACGAAAGCGAAACGCCUGUUUUUGGAGCAGGUAGCACCAGUCUGGCGUGCCAAAGGUCUUUUGCGACAGUCUGACUGCCUACCUAAUCGUCAAGCAAUGCGAGCAGCCUUCAUCGCAACCGUGUUGUCACGUGAUACUCAGUCAGUCCUAUCUGACCUUCGAGGCCUCAGUUUUAGUCAGCUGAAAUUCGAUUCAGCAACUGAAGCGGGACUGUAUUCUCUGAACCAGCUGAUGACCGAGCAACCAUCUGCUAAAGCUUGGCUAAUGAUUCAUCAAAGCGAACUACGUCACAUAGAGGCCAGUUGGAGUUUGGACAACUCCGUCGAAGGUAUUUCUUCAGCGUAUGACUAUGCACUGUGCUGUGGAAUCCAUCUUGAGUCGUCAAACGUCCCAUCAUCUAAUGCUGCUUGGGUGGACGAGAUUCGAAGCGUGAUUUUACGAAAUUCAGAAGACAAAGAUAUCAGUCUGUUAUGGACACAUUCAGCAACUAACAAUGAGUCAUCUCCCACAGGAACACAAGAUAACAUUUGCAGGGAGAUGAGGACAAAACCACUUCAUCUCACGGUUGUGUGUGGAACCGUUGGAAGUCGAAAGGACGGUGUGGUGAAAAACGUGGUAGACUUAGUCAAAGAGGAUACGCACUGGAUACAAAUAUUACCCGCCACACCAAGUGAUGUUUCUUCCGCACUGGAGACUGCAGUCAAGGAGUAUGAUUCAUUGCUUUCCUCAAACGCAGAGGCUCGUGUGAGAAUUAGGGGUAUUCUACUCUGCCCUGGUACUUGUGGGGCGAGAGAUGUACUCAAAGCAGUCCACCGGUUAUCUUCCAACGAGAGCACCAAGCAGCUUGUUCACUGCGUUCGAAUAGGUUGUGUGGUUACCUGCGUGGAUACGCGUGCCGUGUUCAUGGAUGGUGGAAGAAUGACAGUCCCUGGCCUACUAGAAAUGUUAUCAGAAGGCUGGACUAAUUACAUCCUGUCCACUGGACCACCAAAGUCACAGCAGGUGGCUGCUACAAAGUUCGGUGUGAAAAUGGAGGACGUUGAAGCCCUAUUGCACUCCGUCAACCCAAAACUGAGUCAGUUGCCAGCCCCAGAAGGACAUGUAGACCGCGGGCACGUUCUCGAAGCUUUGCUUGACGAAGAGGCCUUCAACAGGCCAGGACUAAAGCGCGCCCGAUUACUAUCUUAUCCCAGCUUGAACACGACGCUAGGUAAUCCGAGAAUGCACGCCGUAACUCUGCGGUUUGCGCGACCUGUGGAGCGUGUUCGAUUUACUAACCAUCUGAAAGCCAUAUUCGCCAACUUGAAGCCUUGGCCUUUUUACGGAAAUCUGUACAGCGUUACUGGUCAGAUCGGAUUCACUGGAGAACCCGAUAAAAUCUACGACGUGUUGCACCUCACGCUAAAUGGAAUCAGUCGAAUCAGUGUGAAUACAGACGAUUCUGACUUGUCACGGAAAAGAAAAGCAAACAAGCCUUUUUGGCUGACCGGAAUCUUGGCUGCACCGCCAACAACCAGUAAGGAGUCAGACGAGUGGCUAUCCAAUCAGUUUGCCAACUGGUUGAGAAAAUCAGGACCACAACAGGAAGCAAUUCGUCCGCCAUUGCGACUGUCGGACUUGUCAAAGGCUGACCUGGAGAAAAUACAUGAAAAAUACCACCUUCACCCUCUGCCCGCUGGCUGGUACUACACUGGGUCAUACUACGUGAAUAUGAACGGAGACAAAUCUUUUCAACACCCAAACUUUGACGCGUUCGUACAGGAAUACUUGGAAGGAGAAAACACUAAAAUUGCUGCACGCAACGCAAGAAUCGUGAACCACCCCAUUCCUGACUUAUUCAGUGAGCCCUCGUAAGGGUGGCCUUUAACUCCCA